AUGCACUCGCUGUUCCGGCGCGCCAAGGCGCCAGCGGCGGCGUCCCCGCCGGCGCCGAUGCCGAUGCUGUCCUUCCCGGGCAAGAAGGCGCUGCGCUUCGAGGGGGACACCUCGGCGGCCGAGAGGGACGCGGACCUCGCGGUCCUGAUGCACGCCCGCGCGCACGUCGUGCUCGCCUCGGAGAGCGCCAGGGCCGGCGCCGCGGAGGCCGCCGCCGCGCUCCGCACGUACCUCCGCGUCAUCUACGCAUCGAACAUCCUGGCCGGGCCCGGCCAGCAGAAGCUCUGCUUCGCGUGGCGCGACGACGCUGUCGCAGGGGACGAGAGCGACGGGAGGAAGGCCAAGGCCAAGGCGGCGGCGGUGGGGCAGGGCCAGGGCCAGACCCAGCGGCACACGUCGCUGGCGACGGAGUGGGCGGUGGCGCUGGUCGCGUUGGCCGCGGAGCUGGCUCGCGCCGCGGCGGCCGAGGACAGGCGCGGGGCCGACGGGAUACGGCGCGCUUGCGGCGCGCUCUGCGACGCGGCGGGCGCGCUGAGGGCGGCCGCGGGGCCCCGCACGACGGACGCCUGCCUCGCCGCGUUCGAGCGCCUCGUGCUCGUGCAGGCGCUCGAGUGCUACUUCGAGCUUGCCGUCGCCGGUGGCAAGCCGCCAGCGUUGCGCUCCAAGAUUGCGCAGCAGGUCAGCCACGACUAUCAUGAAGUGUUCAUCAGUUUGGGCAGCCUCGAGCAGCAGCAGCAGCCGCCGCCGCCGAUCGACAAGUCGUGGGCGCCGCACGUGCAGGCCAAGGCCGCCUAUUUCCAAGCCGAGGCCAACCUCCAGCGCGUGCGGGCGCUGCGCGAGCAGGGCCCCGGCUCCGUCGGCGAGGCGGUGGCGCGGCUCCGGCUCGCGGUAUCGGUCCUGGACGCCGCCGCCGGCAAGGCGGGCCCGCUGGGCAAGAAGUCGUCGUCGUCGUCGUCGUCCACCGCGGCAGCGCUGGCGCCCCUGCGGGACGCCGCGGCGCGCCUCCGGAAGGAGGUCGAGGCCGAGCUGGCCGCCGCGGAGAACGACAACUGCCACGUGUACUUCGAGCGCGUGCCGGCCGCCGACGCGCUCAAGGAGCUGCCUGCGCUGCCGGAGCCGCUCGUGCGGGCCACCGCAGUGGAGAAGGUCCUCAGGGAAGCCGACGGCGAGGCGGCCUUGGCCAACGGCGGGGCGGCGACGAUUGGCCAUUGA